AUGGCGGCAGAGUCACCAACCUCCCAUUUCACCGCCGAGAUGCUUGUGACGUUGGAGAUGUUCAAGGAUUCGCCGUGGGAGGAACCGGUCCCCGUUAGUCCCUUCUGGGAUAGGAUCUACGCCCUUCAGGAUGAGUUGAAUCUCCCCGAGGCGGAACAGACUGUUCGGAUGCUGGUGGACAAGACACCAUACAAAUUGAAUCCAGUACCAGCGCAUAUGCUAGCAGAGCACCUGGUAAAUGUUGGCGAGUACGAAGAGGCAGAACGGAUUGAGAGACCGAUCCGCGCAUGGAUGGCUGCCUGGUUGUAUUUGGGGCUGUCCUCCCCACAGGCGCUCAACGCCCGUCGGCUUAUCGCACAAGCCUUGUGGGGACAGGGACCGUCGAGGCGCUCUGAAGCCGAGGAUCUAAUAGCCGAGAUUUAUUGGAUUGUUGAGGAGAUGGGGGAAGGGCACUUUGCGGUUUACCAGGCGGAAGAGAGAAGGCUGAACCAGGUGAUGAUGGCCACUCUCCGAUGA